AGUCAGUUGAAGUUGAAAAGUGGUCGCGAGCAGUUCGAUCUUCUAUCAGGAAAGCUUUUAAAAAACGAUUUUUAAAAAACUUUUAAGCUUUAGGAAUUUCAUGACCGUGAGAACAGCACAAACUUAAUUAAAACAAACACUAGGAAAGCUAAGCUAUUCUCGUUCCAACAUCGGAGAAACCCAAAAAUAAAAGACCCAAAAUGGGGGCCAUGUUUCGGUCCGAAGAGAUGACUUUAUGUCAAAUGUUCAUCCAACCUGAAGCAGCUUACUCGUCUGUGUCGGAGCUUGGUGAAACCGGCACUGUGCAAUUUCGGGAUUUAAAUGGAGAUGUAAAUGCGUUUCAAAGGAAGUUUGUGAAUGAAGUUCGUCGUUGUGAUGAAAUGCAACGAAAACUUCGUUACAUCGAAGGAGAAAUCAAGAAAGAUGGAGUGAAGAUUAAAGAUUGUGAGGACGUCCCACGGGCACCGAAUCCUCGUGAGAUAAUCGAUCUUGAAGCUCAUCUCGAGAAGACCGAAAACGAAAUCAUGGAGUUAUCUCAAAAUGCCGUCAAUUUGAAGACGAAUUACUUGGAACUUGUAGAGUUGCGUCAUGUUCUGGAGAAGACCCAAAGUUUCUUCUUUGAAGAAGAAGCAAUUAAUAACGACGCCAUGCUCAACAAUUUGAUAACACAAGAAGAACAUGCAACACAAAAUCGCGGUCGAUUAGGUUUUGUUGCUGGUGUUAUUGAACGUGAAAGAGUUCCAGGCUUUGAACGAAUGUUGUGGCGAAUUUCCCGUGGAAAUGUUUUUCUCCGUCAAUCAGAAAUGGAACAAGCGCUUGAAGAUCCUUUAACUGGAAAUGAACUUUUCAAAACUGUUUUCGUUGCCUUUUUCCAAGGUGAACAAUUGAAGACUCGCAUCAAGAAGGUUUGCACUGGAUAUCAUGCAAGCUUGUAUCCGUGUCCAAAUGAACCACAAGAACGAGAAGAAAUGUUGAAAGGAGUUUUGACACGUCUUGAAGAUUUAAACAUGGUUUUAAAUCAGACUCGAGAUCAUCGUUCACGUGUUCUUAAUAAUGUCGCUAAAGAACUUCCACGAUGGACAAUCAUGGUGAAGAAAAUGAAGGCAAUUUAUCAUACGAUGAACUUAUUCAACAUGGACGUGACCAACAAGUGUUUGAUUGGCGAAUGUUGGGUACCAGUUUUGGAUCUUCCGGUCGUUCAGAAGGCUUUGUCAGAUGGAUCAGCUGCAGUUGGAUCAACAAUUCCAUCUUUCUUGAAUGUUAUCGAAACGGUAGAAAAUCCACCAACUUUCAAUCGAACUAAUAAGUUCACCCGAGGCUUCCAAAACUUAAUUGAUGCUUAUGGCAUUGCGUCUUAUCAAGAAGCUAAUCCAGGAUUGUACACGAUCAUCACGUUUCCAUUCUUGUUCGCCAUUAUGUUUGGUGAUUUGGGUCACGGCUUAAUUAUGUUUGGUUUUGGCUUAUGGAUGGUCACUUGUGAAAAGAAACUCGGCGCUAAGAAGUCAACCAACGAGAUUUGGAAUAUUUUCUUCGGUGGUCGUUACAUUAUAUUGUUGAUGGGUUUGUUUUCAUCAUACACCGGUUUUGUCUACAAUGAUUUAUUCUCCAAGUCGAUGAACAUGUUUGGGUCAUCAUGGUCAAUAAAUUAUAACACUUCAACCAUCAUGACCAACAAAGAUCUACAACUGAAUCCAACAUCUAAUGAUUCAUCAAUCGAAACUUAUCCAAUCGGAUUGGAUCCCGUCUGGCAAUUAGCGAUCAAUAAAAUCAUCUUCCUGAAUUCGUUUAAGAUGAAGCUUUCGAUUAUUUUCGGAGUUGUUCAUAUGAUCUUCGGUGUUAUCAUGUCGACAGUUAAUCACAAUUUCUUCCGUCGUCGAAUAAGCAUCGUUUUGGAAUUUUUACCACAAAUUAUCUUCUUGGUUCUUCUUUUCGCUUACAUGGUCUUCAUGAUGUUCUUCAAAUGGGUUCAGUAUAGUCCAAAGCUGCCACCACCACAGUCACCUGGUUGUGCUCCAUCUGUUCUCAUUAUGUUCAUCAACAUGAUGCUGUUCAAAAAUUCACCACCACUUGAAGGGUGUGACGAAUUUAUGUUUUCAUUUCAAUUGACUUUGGAACGAACAUUUGUGUUCAUUGCACUCAUUUGCAUUCCAUGGAUGUUGCUUGGAAAGCCGCUUUAUAUCAUGAUGUCAAGAAAGAAGCAUAACAAGGUAUCUAAUAAAAAUGGUGAUAUAAACUAUGGAAUGGAAAUGUCGCCUGAAACACCAGAAGCUCAACUUCCAGCUCCACAUGUUACUGAUCAUGAACACGAAGAAGAACCAAUCAGUGAAAUCUUCAUUCAUCAAGGAAUUCAUACUAUCGAAUAUGUCUUAAGUACGGUAUCGCAUACGGCAUCAUAUCUUCGCUUAUGGGCUUUAUCAUUGGCACAUGCACAAUUAUCGGAAGUUUUAUGGAACAUGGUUUUUCAACUGGGAUUGAAACAAAGUGAUUCAAUCCAAGGACCGAUUUUCAUUUAUUUAAUGUUCGCUGCGUGGGCUCUCUUCACGUUAGCCAUACUUGUGAUGAUGGAGGGUUUAUCGGCUUUCUUGCAUACUCUCCGUCUUCAUUGGGUCGAGUUUAUGAGUAAAUUUUAUGAAGGCCUUGGUUACGUUUUCCAACCGUUUUCAUUUAAAACACGAACAUUAAAACCAUUGGCAACCAUGGGGGCGAUGUUCAGAAGCGAAAAAAUGUCGCUGUGUCAAUUGUUUAUCCAGCCUGAGGCAGCAUAUCAAACUGUCGCUGAACUGGGUGAAAUUGGCAUUGCACAAUUCCGAGAUUUGAAUCCCGAUUUGAGCAUGUUUCAACGAAAAUUCACAGCUGAAGUGAGACGAUGUGAUGAGAUGGAACGUAAAGUCAAUUACAUCAGAAAGGAACUUAUUAAGGAUGGAAUGGAGGUGCCAGAAUUGUGGAAAGAUUUACCGAGAGUUCCAAAUCCAAGAGAAUUUAUUGACCUUGAAGCUCAGUUUGAGAACUAUGAGAACGAAAUCAUGGAGUUAUCUGAGAACUUUACAACAUUGUUGCAAAAUUUUCAGGAACUGACUGAAUUACGAUACGUUCUUGAGCGCACUCAGUCGUUCCUUACUCAUCAAGCUCCAUCGGGUACUGAAGGAAAGAAAGACGAGAUUACUGGAGAGAGUCAGCAAUUGGGUUUUGUUGCUGGUGUCAUUCAACGUGAACGUAUUUUAGGCUUUGAACGAAUGUUGUGGCGUAUUUCACGUGGUAAUGUCUUCUUACGUCAAUCAGACAUUGAAAAGCCUUUCACUGAUCCCAAAACGGGAAAAGAAAUCUACAAGAAUGUUAUCGUCGUGUUCUUCCAAGGCGAACAAUUGAAGACACGAGUUAAGAAAAUUUGCGCUGGUUAUCAUGCAAGUUUGUAUCCAUGUCCCGAUAACUAUGAAGAGCGCGAAGAUAUGUUGAAAGGUGUUUUAACACGUCUUGAAGACUUGAACAUGGUCAUUAAUCAGACGCAAGAUCAACGACAACGUGUCUUGAAUGUCAUCGCAAAAGACUUACCAAGUUGGAUUAUUAUGGUCAAGAAGAUUAAAGCAAUUUAUCAUACGAUGAACAUGUUCAACAUGGACGUGUCUCAAAAAUGUUUAAUUGGUGAAUGUUGGAUUCCCACGAACGACAUGUUUCUCGUUCAAAAAGCAUUAACUGAUGGUUCAGCUGCUGUUGGUUCAACAAUUGCAUCUUUCAUGAAUGUCAUUUCAACUGAAGAAAUUCCACCAACAUUUAAUCGCACCAAUAGAUUCACUCAAGGAUUCCAGAACCUGAUUGAUGCAUUCGGUGUUGCGAGUUAUCGUGAAGCAAACCCAGCAUUGUACACGAUCAUCACGUUUCCAUUCUUGUUCGCCAUUAUGUUUGGUGAUUUGGGCCACGGUUUAAUUUUGUUUGCUUUUGGCUUUUGGAUGGUCAUUUCUGAAAAGAAACUCUCGGAAAAACGUUCAAAGAAUGAAAUUUGGAAUAUUUUCUUCGGUGGUCGUUACAUUAUAUUGUUGAUGGGUUUGUUUUCUUGCUACACCGGCUUCAUUUACAAUGACAUUUUCUCCAAAUCGAUGAACAUCUUUGGAAGUGCUUGGGAGCUUGACUUCAAUACGUCAACAGUCAUGGAGAAUAUUGAAGGUCUUCAGCUAAAUCCAGCAAGUGAUACCUUGAAAGAAGACGCAGUUUACUUGAUUGGUUUAGAUCCUAUUUGGCAACUUGGAACCAACAAAAUCAUUUUCCUGAACUCUUACAAAAUGAAAGUUUCGAUUAUUUUCGGCGUUGUUCAUAUGAUCUUCGGUGUUUUCAUGUCAGUCGUUAAUUACAAUCACUUCCGUCGUCGAAGCUCAAUUUUCUUGGAAUUCCUACCACAACUUAUCUUCUUGGUUCUUCUUUUCGCUUACAUGGUGUUCAUGAUGUUCUGGAAUACGAUUUCGCAUACUGCUUCGUAUCUUCGUUUGUGGGCUUUGUCAUUGGCACACGCACAACUAUCGGAAGUCUUGUGGAACAUGCUGAUGACUAUUGGAACUGGUCAGAAAUCCUACGUAGGAGCUGCCGUUAUAUUCUUCAUCUUCGGAGCUUGGGCAGUUUUGACCCUUGCAAUUCUAGUUUUGAUGGAAGGUCUGUCAGCUUUCCUACACACUUUACGUCUUCACUGGGUUGAAUUUAUGAGUAAAUUCUAUGAAGGCGCCGGCUACCAUUCAAUCAUGGGAUCAAUGUUAAGAAGUGAAGAGAUGUCUCUCUGUCAGAUUUUCGUUCAGCCUGAAGUCAUUUAUUCAGCUGUUACUGAAAUUGGCAUCAUUGCAAUUGCGCAAUUCAAAGAUUUGAAUCCGGUAACAAAUUCAUUUCAAAAAAAGUAUACAGCUGAGAUUAGAAGAAUUGAUGAAAUCGAGAGACAACUUGUGGUGAUUCAUCGAGAACUAAAGAAAGACGAAAUCAAGAUUUCUAAGAAUCAAGAAGAUCUUUUGGUUAUAACCACUAGAGAGAUCAACAACUUGGAAACAAUCAUUGAGAACAGUGAAAAAGAAAUCACAGAACUUUCUCAAAACUUUUCCCAAUUGCAGGAAAAUCAUCGUGAAUUGAUUGAGUAUCGAAAUGUUCUCCAAAACGCUGAACAUUUUCUCGCUCAAAGCACUAAUGACUUUUUAAUUGACGAAAUUCAAGAAGAAAAUUGUUCCCAGUUGGACUUUGUUGCAGGUGUUAUUGACUUUGAAAAAUUUAUUAGCUUCGAGCGCAUGUUGUGGAGAGUUUCACUUGGAAAUAUUUUUGUUAAACAUGCCAUGAUUGACGAGCCCUUUAAAGAUUUUAAGGAUAAUGACAUUUACAAAUGUGUCUUUAUUGUGUUCUUCCAAGGUGACACUUUAAAGAAAAAAGUUCAGAAAGUUUGCGAAGGAUAUCACGCGAAAACUUUUUCAUAUCCAGCAAACUCUUCUGAACGAAUGGAUUUGAUCAGAGAUUUGCAAGCGAGAGAACGUGACAUUGACAACGUCAUUAAUCAGACGAGAGAUCAUCGUGCCAGAGUUCUCAACUAUUCUGCUAAGUCAUUCAACGAAUGGUCUCUAAAGUUGAAAAAGUUGAAAUCAAUUUUUCACACGAUGAACAUGUUCAGCUUUGACGUGUCUCAAAAAUGUUUAGUUGGUGAAUGUUGGGUGCCAACGAAACAAAUUCAUUUGCUGAAAAAUGCAUUAGAGAAGAGCUCGGGAACAUCAAACGUUGUAGCUUUCAUUAAUGUUAUUGGAACGAAUGAAACUCCACCAACAUUUCAUCAAACUAAUAAAUUUACUCGAGGCUUUCAAAACUUAAUUGAUGCAUAUGGGAUGGCAUCUUAUCGUGAAGCCAAUCCUGGCUUAUCUACAAUUGUGACAUUUCCAUUCUUAUUUGCUGUGAUGUAUGGUGACAUAGGGCAUGGACUUCUCAUUUUGUUGUUUUCCAUUUGGAUGAUAAUCAGCGAGAAGAAACUUGAAAAAGUGAAAGAAGAAAUUUUCAACAUUUUCUUUACCGGUCGUUACAUUAUCUUGAUGAUGGGAUUGUUCUCAUUGUACACUGGCUUCAUCUACAAUGAUAUCUUCUCAAAGUCAAUGAACAUCUUUGGAAGUUCCUGGAGAAUUAAUUAUACUGAAAAAUAUAUUAUGGAGAAUGAAGGUGGGAUUCAAUUAAAUCCAUCAAGUGAUGACUUACAAACUGGAAGAACUUAUCCAGCUGGUUUGGAUCCCGUUUGGCAAUUAGCGACUGAUAACAAAAUUCUUUUCCUAAACUCUUACAAGAUGAAACUUUCAAUAAUCUUUGGAGUCGCCCACAUGCUUUUUGGAAUAUGCGUGUCUGUCAUCAAUCAUAAUUUCUUUCGACAAAGAAGCAAAAUUUUCUUAGAAUUUCUUCCGCAAAUUCUUUUCUUGCUUCUUAUCUUCGGAUAUUUGGUUUUUAUGAUGUUCUUCAAGUGGGUGCGCUUUGAUCCGAAAGCUGAUCAACCAUUCUCGCCAGGUUGUGCACCGAAUGUUUUGGUUUAUUUUAUAAAUAUGAUUCUCUUUGGUUCGGAGAAAGAACUUAAAGGUUGUAAUCCUUACAUGUAUCCCGGACAACGAAUUCUUCAAAUCGUUUUCAUCGUUCUCGCUUUGCUUUGCAUUCCUUGGAUGCUGAUUGGAACUCCACUCUAUGUUAAAUUAACUAGAAAUAAACGUAGAAGAAAUUUCGCUUUAAGCGAUGAGAUUGGAGAGACCACAAGUGAACUUUCUUUCGAUGAUGAAGAACCGAUGAGUGAGAUUUGGAUUCAUCAAACGAUUCAUACGAUUGAAUAUGUUUUGGGAACAAUUUCCCAUACUGCUUCGUAUCUUCGUUUAUGGGCUUUGUCGUUGGCACACGCACAACUUUCUGAAGUUUUAUGGACGAACCUUUGGCCGAUAGCAUUCAUAAAUGUUCCAUUUAUUGGUCCUGUUAUGAUUUAUUAUGUUUUCUCCAUUUGGUCGUGUGUAACUUUGGGAAUUCUUGUUGUCAUCGAGGGUUUGUCUGCAUUCCUUCACACACUUCGAUUGCAUUGGGUUGAGUUCAUGAGCAAAUUUUACAUUGGCGAAGGUUACAAAUUUGAGCCAUUUUCAUUCGAAGUUAUCUUAAACGACGGAGAUUAA